GUAGUUUAUCCUUGAGAGUACAGUGAGUGAGAAUAAUAACCAAGCAAAUAAUUAUUAAGUCCCAUUCGAAAUGAAAAGAAAUUUCCAUUUUGAGAAAAGCCGAUUCUGUAGUGCGCUGUGUGUGAGCAAAACGGUACUCAUAUUUAUUACGUACGUAAUGUCUACCAAUGCAGAUAUUAGGACUUUCUUUCCACAAAUAAAUGGGAAUUUUAGUCUUGUAACUUGGGCACAUGCAGUCAAUGAUAAGGAAUAUCUUAAAAAGGUGCUUAACGAUGAUAAAAUAAUGAUGAUAGAAGCAGAUGUCAUUAUUGGAAAACUCAAGAACCAAGAAAACGAUAUUCCAAUUAUGGCUCAUCCACCCAACAAAACGUCUGAUUUAAGCCUGAUAGAUUUUUUAGAGCAAAUAAGCGACUUUAAUGAACAAGCAGGUAUUAACAAGAGCCAAGGAAAAGGGGUAAAAUUGGAUUUCAAGGAAAAUGCGGCACUCGCUAGUAGCAUUGAAAUUCUUAAAAGAAUAAAAAAAAGGAACUAUCCAUUAUGGCUUAAUGCCGAUAUUUUAGAUGGUCAUUUUGGAACAGGAACCAAAACUGAACCAGUAGAUGCUAAAAUAUUUUUCACCUAUACAGAGGAUGUUGAACAAGUAACAUUAUCUUUGGGUUGGACCACUUGUAACAAUGCCCCAGGUCAAGCGUAUGGAAAUAUACAAAUUCAAGAAAUGAUAGACAUCAUUCGCAGUAAUAAUGUAACCAAUAUUAUUACUUUUGCCGUCAGAGCUAAUUUAAUAGCCAACACACACAAAGACAAGAUGAAAGAGCUGUUACAUUCAACUAUAAAUAAUAAUUCUAGUUUUACUAUUUGGUCACAUCACGAGGACAAAGUUAACAUUGACAGUCUGAAGGAAGUUAUUGCUGAAUUCGGAGUUAAUUCAAUAUUCUUUGACAUACCUCAAGAAUUACGAGAUCAGUUAGAUUUAAAGUAAAAUAACUAUUUCACAGUGUUAAUAUAAAAAUUUGUACCUAAAAGUAUGUGUUAAUUUAAGUUUAAACAAAUGUUGUUCUCGUUUUAUGAAUAUAUGAGAUUUUGUUU